ACACUUCAAUAUUGAACCGUUGGUGUUGUAUGAAAACAUUCCUUGCCUCCUGACCAUAAAGGUGGUUUGAGAUGUAAUCAUCAGUGAACUACUUUAAAAAGGCCUGAAACAAGUGUGACGUCCGGAUAAUUAAGCUACAGUAAUCCUCCAUUAAUGGUGCCUUGUCUUCACAUUACCGUUGCUAAUCCUUGCUUGAUCCAAAUCUUUGUUCAAACUCAAAUUCAAAUUAAAGCCCAAAAUUCAAAUUUCUCGAACAUGCAAAAUAAAAUGUUCAAAGUUUGGAAAAUAAGUCCUGGAUAUUUCUCAUGUUGGAACCAACCUAUUUUGGAUUCCCAAAGUGCCCCUGGAAUUUUAUUUAGUGGUCCAGCAGCAUUUAAAGUUGGCCUUUCCAAUUUCUAUAAAUGGUUAGACAACUUCUUUUGGCCUCAAGCUUUUGUGACUCCUAAAAUAAUGUGCUUGUUUUAUGUGACAAGUCUCAUAUCUAUCAAAACUUAUUUAGUUUUAUAUUUUAAUAGAAAACAGUAGCUAAAAAUAUUAAAAAAUGGUUUUUAAAAUGUGAAAAGGGAAAAGAAAACUUCCCUCCCCUAGUGGGCCUGGUGGCCCAUCUGGCCACAACCACCUGGCCGGCCCAGCCACACCCCCGCUCGUCCCCUUCGCUACAGGGACGAGGGUUACCGUGGCGGCCAUCCACGGCGCCAUGGCCGCGGUGGCGGCCAUCGCCCCCCCUCCCGCUUAUUUGGCCGACCCCGAGCGCCCCCUUCCCCCUGGAACCCUAACCUCGGUCCCCUCGCGCCCUCUCUUCCUUUGCCCCUCGCGCCUGAUGCCCCUCGCCGUCAUCGUCGCGGUCACCGUCUUCUCCGGCGUGCGGGAGCACGUCCAGGAGGUCCGCCGCGGCCGGAUCCGUCCGUUCCGAGGGCCAGCUCAAGCCGGGACGGUCCGUGCGCUCACCAUCGAGCCCUUCUCCGCCGCGGACGUCACCAACUCGUCGUCGUUGCCACUGCUUCGGGCCGCCUCCGACCUUCUAACCUCGUCCCUGAGAACCGGGCACUCGGCCCCAACCUCCUCUUCUCCCAUGGCGCCAGAUCCAUAGCCAUGGCCGCGCUCCUCCCCUUCUUCAUCGUCGUGGCGCCGCGGAAGCUUCAACGGUGGACGGCGGGGACGCAUGGCCCCAAGAUGCUGCGACCAGCGCAAGAUUUUGGAACUGGCUCGGCCUCGAGCUGCAACCGGCUCGGCCAGAGCUGCAUCCGGCGUGGGGCGGUGCUGGAACCGGCUCGGCCUCGAGCUGCAACCGGCUCGGCCAGAGCUGCAUCCGGCGUGGGGCGGUGCUGGAAUGACGGCGACGUCGUGCUACAAUCGGCGACGCAAGAUGCUGGAACCGGCUCAGCCGUGAGCCGCAACCUCGAUGCCUGGAUGCUGGAUCCUGCACCCAUCUUAGCUGCAACGGUUGCAGCUAAAAACCUUCCAGCAAAUCAAUCUCAGAAGAAAAAUAAACCGGUGGUGGCCGUAGCCUUCACCAUAGCCGGUUGACGACGUUGAUUUUUUUUUUUGCUACAACAGUGUUGUUUUUUGCUACAACCAGUGGUUUUUUUGGCUACAUACAUUCA